AUGAUGAAGCAGUGGCCCAAGGGUUCGAGCCCUGACCGUGGUCGUUGCGAUGUGUUCUCGAGCCAGACGCUCUACUCGCGCAGUGGCUCGUUACAUCUAGAUGUUGACGAGUGUACCACAGGAGAGGCUAAUUGCCACGUGAAUGCCCUUUGUUCUAACACGGUUGGGUUGUAUGUGUGUAGAUGCAUCAGAGGUUAUGAGGGUGAUGGAAAAACAUGCGCAGAUCGCAACGAGUGUGAAGACGGCUCAGCGAGCUGCCCUGCGAACUCUGAUUGUCUAAAUACCGAUGGAUCCUAUAGCUGUAGAUGCACUGAAGGGUACCAGCUAAACGAAGCCGGGAACUGUAUAGAUUUAGACGAAUGCACCGCUGGAAUCACCGACUGUGACGUAAACGCGUAUUGCACCAACACCGAAGGUUCCUAUAGCUGCACGUGUAAUCCUGGCUUCACCGGAAAUGGAACCACUUGCACGGCUAUAGGUGUUUGUGACCGGCCUUGUUCUGCUACCGAGGAGUGCUUAGAAGUUAGUGGAAAGUAUCAGUGUACUUGUAGAUCCGGAUUCGCUCGCCUUGGAGACAUUUGUCUAGACAUUAACGAAUGUGAGGCUGAAACAGCAGACUGUAACAACAAUACAGAGUGUGUAAACACCGAAGGUUCGUAUGACUGCACGUGCAAAUCCGGAUUUACUGGAAACAGGACGACUUGCACAGAUAUUGACGAAUGUGCGGCGGAGGAAACCGAGUGUGACAUCAAUGCUGACUGUUUAAAUACCAAAGGCUCGUUUAACUGCACUUGUAAAGCAGGCUAUUCUGGAAACGGAACAACGUGCAGUGACGUCAAUGAAUGUACGGCUGGAGCGUCUGUCUGUGAUGCCAACGCAGUCUGUGCAAACAGUGAAGGCUCUUACAACUGUAUUUGUAAAUCUGGAUUUACAGGGAAUGGGACAGCUUGUUCAGACAUUGAUGAAUGCAUUUCUGGGACAUCUGAUUGCAAUGCUAAUGCGGAUUGCAGCAACACACAAAGCUCGUACACCUGCUCAUGCAAACCUGGUUACACCGGAGACGGAAAGAACUGUUCUGAUGUGGAUGAGUGUGAACGAGAUGUGAAUCUCUGUGACAAGAACGCGCUUUGUACAAACACUGAUGGCUCCUACACGUGCAGCUGUAACGAUGGAUACCGUGGAAACGGCCAAAAUUGUUCAGAUGUCGACGAGUGUUUGCUAUUGAAUGUCACAUGUGUUUAUGGCGCGCAGUGCGUUAACACAGAUGGGUCUUACAAAUGUGAAUGUUCUACUGGAUUCAAGCAAGAACUCGACGGAAACUGUUCGGACAUUAACGAAUGCGAAACGGGAGCUAAUGAGUGCGACGAGAACGCCAAUUGCUCUAACACAGAAGGCAGCUACACUUGUCGAUGUAAGACUGGGUUUGAAGGAGACGGCAAUUUAUGUCAAGAUAUCAAUGAGUGCCUGACCACCAACCCAUGUGAUGAAAAUGCUGACUGCGUAAACAACAACGGUUCUUUCACCUGUACUUGUAGGAAAGGAUUUACUGGAAAUGGAACCACUUGCAAAGAUAUCGACGAGUGUUCCAAGAAUGGCAGCCCUUGUGACGAGAAUGCGGAUUGUUCGAACAAUGACGGAUCGUACACUUGUACUUGCAAAGAUGGUUUUACUGGAAAUGGAACAGCUUGUGUUGAUAUUGAUGAGUGUGCAGUCAACCCUUGCGAUGUUAAAGCAGCAUGUUUAAAUACAAACGGUUCAUACGAGUGUUCCUGUCGUCGUGGAUUUGAAGGAGAUGGAGAAUCAUGCACAGAUGUCGACGAGUGUCUGGUCGCGAACACGUGUGACGAAAAUGCUGAUUGUGUCAACACCAACGGCUCUUUCAUAUGUUCUUGCAAAAAAGGAUUCACUGGAAAUGGAUCAACUUGUAAAGACAUUGACGAAUGUUCAAAGAAUGGCAGCCCAUGUAACGAGAAUGCCGACUGUUUGAACAAUGAUGGAUCGUACACUUGUACUUGCAAAGAAGGAUUUACGGGAAAUGGAACAGUUUGUGUUGAUAUCGAUGAAUGCCUGUCGUCGAAACCUUGUGACGAAAACGCUGACUGCGUCAACACUGACAGCUCUUUCAUCUGUACUUGUAGACAGGGAUUCACUGGAAAUGGAACAACUUGCAAUGACAUCGACGAGUGUUCAAAGAAUGGCGGCCCUUGUGAUGAAAAGGCGGAUUGUUUGAACAAUGACGGAUCGUACACUUGUACUUGCAAAGAUGGAUAUACAGGAAAUGGAACAGUUUGUGUUGAUAUCGAUGAAUGUGUGACAUCGGACCUGUGUGACGAGAAUGCUGUCUGUGUCAACACCAAAGGCUCUUUUGUCUGUACUUGUCGACUGGGAUUCACUGGAAAUGGAACAUCGUGCAAUGAUAUCGACGAGUGUUCAAAGAAUGGCGGCCCAUGUGACAACAAUGCCAACUGUUUCAACAACGAUGGAUCUUUUACCUGUACUUGCAAAGAUGGAUUUACAGGAAAUGGAACAAUUUGUGUUGACGUCGACGAAUGUACAAAGAAUGGAAACCCUUGUGAUAAAAACGCAGAUUGUUUCAAUAACGAUGGAUCGUUUACUUGUACUUGCAAAGAUGGCUUCGUCGGAAAUGGAGUUAUUUGUCUCGAUGUCAAUGAGUGCUUGGCAGAUCCCAGUCCAUGUGAUGCAAGCGCUGCAUGUACCAACACCAACGGUUCCUACACUUGUGCCUGCAAUGACGGCUUCACAGGAAAUGGGACAUACUGUCAAGAUAUAGAUGAGUGUUCAGCGGAUUCCACUCCAUGUGACGAGAGCGCAGACUGUGCCAACAGCGAAGGUUCUUACAGCUGUGCAUGUAAACAAGGAUUUACUGGAAAUGGGACAGUUUGUGAAGAUAUUGAUGAGUGUUCCUCGAAUCCUAGUCCUUGUGAUGAAAAUGCAGACUGUACCAAUAGUGGCGGUUCGUAUAGCUGUACUUGUAAGCAAGGAUUCGCUGGCAAUGGCACGGUUUGCAACGAUGUCGACGAAUGUUCUGCAGAAUCAAGUCCUUGUGAUGAAAACGCUGAUUGUGCCAACAGUGACGGUUUUUUCAGCUGUACAUGCAAACAGGGAUUUACUGGAAAUGGGACUGUGUGUGAAGAUAUUGAUGAGUGUUCCGAAGUAUUAAGUCCUUGUGACGAGAACGCUGAUUGUACCAACGCUGAGGGUUCUUACAGCUGUACUUGUAAGCAGGGAUUCACUGGAGAUGGUUCAGCUUGUGAAGAUAUCGAUGAGUGCUCUGCGGAUUCCAAUCCGUGUGACCAGAACGCUAAAUGUGCCAACAAUGAGGGUUCUUAUAGCUGUACUUGCAAACAAGGAUUCACUGGAGAUGGAACAUCUUGCGAAGAUAUCAAUGAGUGUGCUCCAGAUGCCAACCCGUGCGAUCAAAAUGCAGUUUGCGUCAACACCGAUGGUUCUUCGAGCUGCACUUGCAAACAAGGAUUCACUGGAGAUGGAAUAACCUGUCAAGAUAUCGAUGAGUGCUCUGCAGAUACGAGUCCCUGUGACGUGAACGCUGAUUGUGCCAACACUGACGGGUCUUAUAGCUGUACUUGCAAACAGGGAUUUACUGGGAAUGGAGCAGUUUGUGAAGACAUCGAUGAGUGUUCUGCGGACUCCGGUCAAUGUGACGUGAACGCUGAUUGCACCAACAGCGCCGGUUCUUAUAGCUGCACUUGUAAACAGGGAUUUACCGGAAAUGGGACAGCUUGUAAAGAUAUAGAUGAGUGCUCAGCUGAUCCCAGUCCGUGUGACGCAAAUGCUGACUGUACCAACAGUGACGGUUCUUUUAGUUGCACUUGUAAACAAGGAUUCACCGGAGAUGAAGCAUCUUGUCAAGACAUAGAUGAGUGUUCUAAAGAACUCAGUCCGUGUUACCAGAACGCUGAUUGCACCAACAGUGACGGUUCUUACAGCUGCACGUGUAAACAAGGAUUUGCUGGAAAUGGAACGGCUUGUCAAGAUAUUGACGAGUGUUCAACUGAUCCCAGUACUUGUGAUGAGAACGCUGACUGUACCAACAGUGACGGUUCUUACAGCUGCACCUGUAAGCCAGGAUUUACUGGCGAUGGCACUGUUUGUCAAGAUAUCGAUGAGUGCUCUGUUGAUCCCAGUCCUUGUGAUGAAAAGGCUGAUUGCGCCAACAGCGAUGGUUCUUAUAGCUGUACAUGUAAACAGGGAUUCGCUGGAAAUGGCACAUUUUGUGAAGAUAUCGACGAGUGCUCCAUUGAUCCCACUAUUUGUGAUGAAAACGCUGAUUGCACCAACAGUAAAGGAUCCUAUAGCUGUACUUGUAGACAGGGAUUCACCGGAGAUGGUGCAGUAUGCCAAGACAUCGAUGAGUGUUCUGCGGAUUCCAACCCAUGUGAUGAAAACGCUGAUUGUGCCAACAAUGACGGUUCUUACGUCUGUACUUGUAAAUUGGGAUUCACUGGAGAUGGUUCAGUUUGUGAAGAUAUUGACGAGUGUUCUGUUGAUACGAGUCCGUGUGAUGAAAACGCGGAUUGUACCAACAGUGAUGGUUCUUAUAGCUGUUCUUGUAAGCAAGGAUUUACUGGAAAUGGAACAUCUUGCAAUGACAUCAAUGAGUGUGCUCCAGAUUCCAACCCUUGUGAUGAAAAUGCGGUUUGUAUCAAUACUGACGGUUCCGCAAACUGUACUUGUAAACGAGGUUUCACUGGAGAUGGAAUAAUUUGUCAAGAUAUUGACGAGUGCUCUGCAGAGACCAAUCCGUGUGACGAGAACGCCGAUUGCACUAACAGCGACGGCUCUUACAGCUGUGCAUGUAAACAAGGAUUCACUGGAGAUGGAACAACUUGUGAAGACAUAGACGAGUGUUCUGCAGAGUCCAAUCCGUGUGAUGAGAACGCAGAUUGUACCAACAGUGACGGUUCCUACAACUGCACUUGCAAGCAAGGAUUCACUGGAAAUGGGACAAGCUGUGAAGAUGUAGACGAGUGCUCAGCUGAAUCCAGUCCGUGUGACAAGAACGCUGAUUGUACUAACAAUGACGGUUCUUACACCUGCACUUGUAAACAAGGAUUCACUGGAGAUGGAGCAACUUGUCAAGAUGUAGAUGAGUGUUCCACGGAUCCGAGUCCUUGUGACGAGAACGCUGAUUGUACCAACACUGACGGUUCCUAUAGCUGUUCUUGUAAACAAGGAUUUACUGGGAAUGGUUCACUUUGCGAAGAUAUAGACGAAUGUUCCGCCGAUUCCAGCCCGUGUGAUGAAAAUGCUGAUUGCAUCAACAGCGAUGGUUCUUACAGCUGUACUUGUAAACAAGGAUUCACCGGAGAUGGGUCGCUUUGUGAUGACAUUGACGAGUGCUCUGUGGAUUCCAAUCCUUGUGAUAACAACGCUGAUUGUACCAACAAUGACGGUUCUUAUAGCUGUGCUUGUAAAGAAGGGUUUGAUGGGGAUGGAAUAAUUUGUAAAGAUUUUGAUGAGUGUUCUUUGGAACUCAGUCCGUGUGAUCCGAAUGCUGAUUGUAUCAACACUGAUGGCUCUUAUAGCUGCUCUUGUAAACAAGGAUAUACUGGAAAUGGAACAGUCUGUGGAGAUAUCAAUGAGUGCUCUGGGGAUUCUAGUCCGUGUGAUGAGAACGCUGACUGUACCAACAGCGACGGUUCUUACAGCUGUACUUGUAAACAGGGCUUCACUGGAGAUGGUACUAUCUGCACGGAUAUCGAUGAGUGCUCAGCCGAUUCCAGUCCGUGUGACGAGAACGCUGAUUGUAUCAACACGAAAGGUUCUUACACCUGUAGCUGCAAACAAGGAUUUGAUGGAGAUGGCACUACUUGUAAAGAUUUUGAUGAGUGUUCCCUGGAACCCAGUCCAUGUGGCGAAAACGCUGAAUGCACCAACACUGACGGUUCUUACAGCUGUGCUUGCAAACAGGGAUAUACUGGAAAUGGGACGACUUGUCAAGAUAUCGACGAGUGCUCUUUGGGCACCAGCCGAUGUGAUGAAAACGCUGAUUGCGCCAACAGUGACGGUUCGUACAGCUGUACUUGUAAACAAGGAUUCACUGGAGACGGUAUCGUUUGUAAAGAUAUUGAUGAGUGUUCAGCGGAUGCCAGUCCUUGUGACGAAAACGCUGAUUGUACCAACACUGAUGGUUCUUACAGCUGUAACUGUAAGCAAGGAUUUGAUGGAGAUGGGGAAGUUUGUGAAGACUUCGAUGAGUGUUCUUUGGAGCCCAGCCCUUGCGAUGAAAACGCUACUUGCAGCAACACAGAUGGUUCUUAUAGCUGCACUUGCAGACCAGGAUUUUCUGGAAACGGGUCCAUUUGCAAAGAUAUCGACGAGUGUUCUGCCAAUCCCAGUCCUUGUGACGAGAACGCUGAUUGCGCCAACAGUGAUGGAUCUUACAGCUGUACAUGUAAAGGAGGAUUCGCUGGAGAUGGCAUAUCCUGUAGUGAUAUCGACGAAUGUUCUGCGGAUUCCAACCCUUGCGAUGAAAACGCUGAUUGCACAAACAAUGAAGGUUCUUACAGCUGUACGUGUAAACAAGGAUUUGAUGGCGAUGGCGUAUCUUGUGAAGAUUUCGACGAGUGCUCUUUAGAACCCAGUCCGUGUGACGACAACGCAGUUUGUACCAACACUGACGGUUCUUACAGCUGUACAUGCAAACAAGGAUUUACUGGAGAUGGCGGCGCAGUCUGUGAAGAUAUCGAUGAGUGUUCUGCGGAUUCAAGUCCGUGUGAUGAAAAUGCAGAUUGCACGAACAAUGAAGGUUCUUACAGCUGCACUUGUAAACAGGGAUUUACUGGAAAUGGAACGCUUUGUGAAGAAUUAGAUGAGUGUUCUUCGGAUCCCAGUCCAUGUGAUGAAAACGCCCUAUGCACCAACAGCGACGGUUCUUACAGCUGUACUUGUAAACAAGGAUUUACUGGAGAUGGUACAGUUUGUGAAGAUAUCGAUGAGUGUUCUGCGGAUACCAGUCCAUGCGAUGAAAACGCUGAUUGUACCAACAGUGACGGUUCUUAUAGCUGUACUUGUAAACAAGGAUUUACUGGAGAUGGUGUAAUCUGCACAGAUAUAGACGAGUGUUCUGAGGAAUCGAGUGCAUGCGCCGAAAACGCUGCUUGUACCAACAACGACGGGUCUUACAGUUGUACUUGUAAUCAAGGUUUCACUGGAGAUGGAACGACUUGUGAAGACAUCGACGAAUGUUCGGUGGAUCCGAGUUCUUGUGACGAGAACGCUGACUGUACCAACAGUGACGGUUCUUACAGCUGUACUUGUAAACAAGGAUUUACUGGAGAUGGUGCAGUUUGUGAAGACAUCGAUGAAUGUUCUGCGGUUUCCAGUCCUUGCGAUGAGAACGCGAAUUGCACCAACACUGACGGUUCUUACAGCUGUAAUUGUAAAAAAGGAUUUGAUGGGGAUGGCCUAACCUGUAAAGAUAUAGACGAGUGUUCUGCUGAUUCCAACCCAUGUGACGAGAACGCUGAUUGUACCAACAGUGACGGUUCUUACAGCUGUACUUGUAAACAAGGAUUUACUGGAGAUGGCACAACUUGUGAAGAUAUCGAUGAGUGCUCCGCAGAUUCCAGUCCAUGUGACGAGAACGCGGACUGCACCAACAGUGACGGUUCUUAUAGCUGCACUUGCAAACAAGGGUUUGAUGGAGAUGGUACAACUUGCGAAGAUGUUGACGAGUGUUCUGCAGAUUCCAACCCGUGUGACGAUAACGCCGACUGUUCUAAUACCGAGGGUUCCUACAGCUGUAGGUGCAAAUUAGGGUUUACUGGAGAUGGAACAACUUGCAAAGAUAUAGAUGAGUGUUCUGCGGAUUCCAGUCCGUGUGACGAGAACGCUGAUUGUACGAACACUGACGGUUCUUAUAGCUGUACUUGUAAACAAGGAUUCGAUGGAGAUGGAAUAUCUUGUAAAGAUUUCGAUGAGUGUUCAUUAGAAUCCAGUCCUUGUGACGAAAAUGCUGAUUGCACCAAUACUGACGGUUCUUACAGCUGUACUUGUAAACAAGGAUUUACUGGAAAUGGUUCAAUUUGUGAAGAUGUUGACGAGUGUUCUGCAGAUUCCAAACCGUGUGAUGAAAACGCCGACUGUUCUAAUACCGAAGGAUCCUACAGCUGUAGGUGCAAAUUAGGGUUCAGCGGAGAUGGAACAAGUUGCCAAGAUAUCGAUGAGUGUUCUGCGGAUUCCAGUCCGUGCGACGAGAACGCUGAUUGUACCAACACUGACGGUUCUUAUAGCUGUACUUGUAAACAAGGAUUCGAUGGAGACGGACUAUCUUGUAAAGAUUUCGAUGAGUGUUCAUUAGAACCCAGUCCUUGUGACGAAAAUGCUGAUUGCACCAACACUGACGGUUCUUACAGCUGUACAUGUAAACAAGGAUUUACUGGGAAUGGUUCAAUUUGUGAAGAUGUUGACGAGUGUUCUGCAGAUUCCAAACCGUGUGAUGAAAACGCCGACUGUUCUAAUACCGAAGGGUCCUACAGCUGUAGGUGCAAACUAGGGUUCAGUGGCGACGGAACAACUUGCCAAGAUAUCGAUGAGUGUUCUGCGGAUUCCAGUCCAUGUGACGAGAACGCGGACUGCACAAACACUGACGGUUCUUAUAGCUGUACUUGUAAACAAGGAUUCGAUGGAGAUGGAAUAUCUUGUAAAGAUUUCGACGAGUGUUCGUUGGAACCCAGUCCUUGUGACGAAAACUCUGACUGCGGCAAUAGUGAAGGGUCUUAUAGCUGCACUUGCAAAACAGGAUUUACCGGAAAUGGUGCAAUUUGUGAAGAUAUUGACGAGUGUUCUGCGGAUCCCAGUCCAUGUGACGAAAACGCUGACUGUUCUAAUUCUAAGGGCUCCUACAGCUGUACGUGUAGAACAGGAUUCACAGGAGAUGGAAAAACUUGUCAAGAUAUCGACGAGUGCUCUGCAGAGUCCGCUCCGUGUGAUGAAAAGGCUGAAUGCACGAACAGUGACGGCUCGUUCAGUUGCUUGUGUAAACAAGGGUUCACCGGAGACGGAAAAACAUGUCAAGAAAUAGCAGUUACUCCAAAGAUCGAUCUUGCUGUUAUCAUGGGUGCCUUAUCUAAUCCAACGUUGAACACAAUGAAGGAUGCUACUAAAGUCAUCAUUGACCAAUACGGAACCAAACAUACGCGUUACUCUUUAAUAACAUGUGGAAGAGAAGCCAGCACUAAAAUCGACUUCACUGAUGGUUUUAAAACCGCACAAGACUUUAAGAACGCUGUUAACGCUGUGCAAAGACCUGAAGGAUCCCCAGACUUGAAGAAAGCUCUUGAUCAAGCCAUGAAGCUCUUCGAAGAUGCUCCCCCGCGGCCUGAUGCGAACAAAAUCUUGGUAGUUUUGAUUGACCAGAAAUCAGUGAAUUAUCCUCAAGUGCUGUCGGCCAGUGCAAAAAGCCUGCAAGACAAGAAUAUCCUUGUUCUGCCAAUAGCAUUUGGCUCACUCGCUGACUUGGAUGAGCUUACAAGACUCGCUCCAAGUAAAGGAGUUGUUAUUCAAAUUGACGGUGACGAGGAUGGAGCUGCUAUUGCUCAGAAGAUCAUGAACGAUGGCGUGAAAGGUUCUGAUGAAUGCGCGCAGUGUAGCGAGAACUCAGUUUGUCUCAGCAAGAAUGGAGGCUUUAUAUGCUCAUGUAAAAUGGGAUACGCAGGCAACGGUUUUAGUUGUGAAGAUGUCGACGAAUGUGAACUGGGAACGGAUAUUUGUAACGGGAAUGCGUUUUGCGUAAAUAAUGUUGGUUUGUACGACUGCUCUUGUAUGGACGGAUAUACGGGAGAUGGCUUCGACUGUCGAGAAACGGAAGAGACUGUUGGAGCAACUGGAGGGUGGAAAGUCGUCAACGAGCAUUUGGCAAUAUCUUGCGGAAAGAUGCUCAUCCAAGUGGUACUGAGCAAGGCAUUCCUAAUGGGCAUGCGCAGGACUGACGUGCGCCUUAACGACCCAAGGUGUCUUCCCAAGGAUAACGGGACGCACUUCCUGUUUGAGACUAACCUUACAUCGUGCGGUACUAAGAUGGUGGUUACGGACAAUGCGUUUAUUUACGAGAACACGAUUCAAGAGAGGCCGACAGAGGGCAUCAUUACGAGGAUGGCAGACGUUGACAUUCCAUUUAGGUGCUGUUACCUCAAGGAAGUUCAAGCAAGCGCCAUUCAGUUGGAAACCAAUAGGAAAAUAAUCCGAGGCAACGCCUCAGAUAUCGGAAUGUUCGAUAUUAACCUGGGUGUGUUUAAAGAUGACGCCUACACUCGUCCCUAUGGUGACCAAAGCUUCCCUAUCGGCGUUAGAGUUAAUGAACGAAUUUUCCUUCAACUAAGUGUGGACUCUAAAGAUCCUCGUUUGGCUGUGCAGGCGAAACGUUGUCACGCCACCCCUGAUCCUAAUCCGAACAGUACCCUACAAUACGAUCUGAUUCUAAACGGUUGUCCCCAGGACUCCACGGUUCAGUAUCACCAUAAUGGAGGAGUACAAGGCCUUCAUCGUUUUAGUCUUCAAACGUUCAAGUUUGUUAACACACCUGACCCGUUUGUGUACAUCCACUGCAAGGCCAUCGUUUGCAAUUCUUCAGAUCCAAAUUCUGAGUGCUUUAAAAAUUGCGACCUGCUUCCGAGGAGUCGUCAUCGCAGAGCCCUCCCCUACAGUGCGCCUGUGCAUACGACGUUACUCAGCCAUGGCCCGAUUUGGUUGACGAACUUCGAGGAAAUUAAAGAUUCCGCGCCAAGACAAGAUCCCCUGAUUGGAGUGUCUGUAGUCAUGGGACUUCUCGCUCUGCUCUGUAUUGUGGUGUUUGCAGUUGUUCGUCGUAGAAUGAUCACGAGCAACACACAAGGAACAUCGGCGGAUGUUUGACGAGGAAACAAGACAAUGAAUAAUUAUAUUAUUUCCCUAAAUUAUAAUGUUAAAGAAAGUGGCAAGAAUAAUCUAUGGCCGCGCUAAGAUAGGGGAUUUAUAUUCUAGUGUUUACGUCCUUUACUCCUAAGAGUUGCCAAGUUCUUUCAAAAUCGGCAAAAAUUUUAUUGUGCUAAUGAUAAUCAAAAACAUGCGAUGUCAUAUGAAAGUACUGUCCAGUAGCUUUCAUUUGAAUGGUCGCACACAGUGGUUUCAUCUACAAACGCAAAAGUUAAAACCACCUUGUACAGCACCGUAAACAGCACUUUAUGACAGCGCUGGUCAUUCGAAUGGUGAUCACACACUUGGCUUGAAAGUUAGAACUGCUUAAAUUGACUCCGAAGAAGGCCGACUCGAGGAGUGAAGUAGCUAAACACGAAAAAUUGAAUUCCUUAUCACCAAAUGCUCGUGCUUAAAGAAGACAAAAGUAACAAGUUUUCAGGAGAUACAGAUGACUUUCAAGUGGACCAGGACCGCUUGUGUGGCGGGCUUGACUACAAUGAUUGUCAUCGGUGAAAUUACCUAUAGGCGAGAGGGUACUGGGAACAAGAAAUAUUUUCAUUCAUAAGUUAAACUGUAUCCGGGAUUUUAGUUAGAAAUGCUGCUAAGCAACAAGAAGUGCCCGCGUGGUGCCACGCUGACGGGACAGCUUCUGGUGUGCUCAUAAGUGCUCGUGCUAUCAGAAACUCGUCGACCGAUUUUAUGGAGAUUUCCCAUAAAGCGCCUUUUUUACCCUAACAAGUUAGGGUACUAGGGUACUUGGUGCUAGAUUUAAAAACUUGGCAGAGUUUCCUCUAAUAUCCGGCCUUUUUUUAGCAGGUGAGCGAAAUCUUGAAGGGACCGGGAUUAUUUCUUUGCAUUCAAAAAUAGAUUGCUUAAACCUCUGAAUGCACUCGCUCUGUUUAUUUUGAAGUAAAAUGUUCUCUCACAGGAUACUUAUUAGCUAUUUUUGUAGUAAUUUAAAGAAACGACGCAAAAAGUUAAAUUAGAAGCUUAGAGCUUUAGAAUUGGGUUUUAGCAAAAUGUAGAGGAUUUCGUAUUGCUGUUUUAUAUAUUUAAGAAUAAAAGAAAGCAGUCAAACAGGAUUCAGAGAUCUAGUAAACUGCUGUUUCUUCUCUCUGUAUGCUGCGAGAUGAAUGUAAAAUAAAGGGUAGUGCUUAAGUCAA